AUGACCGGGAAACAUCCCAAACAAUUCAACCCGGAUGGGUUAACCGCUCAAAAUGAUGAGCCUGGGAAUCAACCAGAGCGACAUAGUGCCCCUACAAUCUCCAAACGCCCUCUAAUUGUGGAAACCAGAUCAACACGGGUCACCAAGUCAACACCAUCGUUGGGAAACUCAGGGAACUCUAGUUCAAAAGUUGCAAUCCCCCGUCAGAGUACGGGUUAUACCCCUCGUUACAACCGCAGAGUCCCACGGGCUUGCGAGUCGUGUAGACAACGAAAAACAAAAUGCAGUGGUGACACCCCAGUAUGUCGACAAUGUCGCGAGCUGCGGGUUCAAUGUCAGUAUCCUGUGGGAUGGAGAGAUAAAAUGAAAAAGGAACUCGACAGGCUUUCUGCAGAAGUGCAAGACUAUGAGAACUUUCUGGAGGAUUUACGAGCGAGCGCCGAGUCUCGAACGGCGGAUUGGGUCCUAAGCUUAUUGGAAAAGUAUGGCCUCAAAGGGGAUCGUCGAGAACGAAAUCAAUUCUUGAUGCCUACUCCCCAGAAUGAGAUCGAACCUGACGAACCAUCUCCCCUUUCAUCAAUCGGGUCUCUGGAGGCCAUUGACCGAUUAGAGGAGGAUCCCAAUCGGUCGGAAGACACCCGCGCAACGGGUGUGAUGGGCAAAAGCUCGGAAAUCUCCUGGAUGCAACGCGUUCAGAGGGAAGCAGAGCAACGAGCGCGAGGGAAUCCCGGUACCUUAGAAACGAAUCCAACUGACGACGAAGAAAAGGAAGCCUUUUCCCUCCAUGCUCUGAACUAUCAUCUCGACGACCUGGAUAUCUCCGUCCCCGAACCAGUUCAGCUGUACGCCAUGCCCCCUCGACAAUUAGCCGACCGACUCUUUGACGAUUAUUUUCAAAAGACACACCCCUUCUUUCCCAUUCUCAGCAAACAACUUUUCCGUGGACAGUAUCAAGCUUUUCUCGACACCUCCUCUCAACCCGACCCUGUCCGACCCGGCGACAAAUGGCUCGCCGUGCUAAAUAUAAUUUUUGCGAUUGGCGCCAAACAUGCACACCUCACCAAUGCAGCGUGGCGUGGCGAGGAUAACGAUCACUUGGUAUAUCUCACUCGAGCCAGACUUCUCAGCAUGAACAGCGACGUUCUGUUCAGUCAUCCCGAUCUUCAACAAGUCCAAGUCGAAGGACUGAUUGCAUUCUACCUACUGGCAUCAGACCAGAUCAACAGAGCAUGGAGAAUAUCUGCUUUGGCCAUACGGUCGGCAAUCACUCUCGGCAUCAACCUCAGAAUCACGAGCACCAAAACCCCCAGCAUCACCAAAGAGGCCCGCUACCGGGUAUGGUGGUGUUUAUACAGUUUCGAGCAUAUGUUAGGCAUUAUGACUGGCCGGUCCAUCUAUAGUCUUGACGGAGGAUACGCCACCCCGUUACCGCUCCCUUUCGAAGAAGAACAAUUACAAGAGAACCCGGCAGCUGCCGAGGUUUUGAACAACCCGACCCUACGAGAUGCAUUGGUUGGCAAUGUGAUGGCGAGCUCAUGGAUCCGUCCGACCGGCAGCAAAGACGACACGCACAAAACUCGAUUACGCGACCAAUCGUGGCUGAAGAACUUGCCCGUCAACUUCGGACUCUGUUAUCUUUACUACAGUGAUUUGACGGUCGUUACACAGGAGAUACUCAAUAAAGUUUACACGACAACUGCAGUGAUGCUUCCGUGGUCGGAUAUCGAAAGCCGACUCGAUGAUCUGAGAUUUCGCAUCGAUUUAUGGAAAUCGAGUUUGCCCGCCUCUCUCGACUUUACACAAGAAGAGACUGACGGUAGCCCGGAUCAUCUUCGCUGUAAAUUGUUUUUAGCAUUUCAUUAUUACAGCGCCAGGAUUACUUUGGGUCGACCAUGUCUCUGUCGACGUGACGCACGACAACAGAACGCACCGCAAACAUUCAGCCACACGAUGGCGUUGAUCGCCUUGGAAUCGGCCAACGGGAUGCUAGACUUGAUCCCAGACAAGCCCGACGUUGUCCAGUUGUAUCAAGUCUGCCCCUGGUGGUGCGUACUCCGAUACCUCAUGCAAUCUGCCACGGUCUUCCUCCUCGAACUAUCAUUUGGGUGCGUCCACAACCCAGAGGAGGAACAGAAGUACGUCUCGUUGACAAAGAAGUCCAUCCGCUGGUUCUUCGCCAUGUCCGAGCACAGCAUCGGUUCGCGACGUGCUUGGCAGAUUUGUGACUCCAGCUUCCGAAACUUAGCCGGCGGCAUGAAAUACAAUACCGAUGACCUCCCAGGUCAACCAGAGCAGGAACGUACGACGACAGAGACCACACCAUCCUUCCAAACCGAUUCAAGCCAUAAUGUUCCUUCCGGCGACUUUUUUACUCUACCAACAGAAGACCUUCAUCUAUUCGGUUCUCACCCCAUCCCCGACGGAGACACCUUCCCGAGCUCUUUCAACUACCCAACACCAGAUCUCAUGUCCUCGGUACAUGGGAAUACUGAUAUGACUGAUGAUUCCUACUUUCCAUACGACCCUCUCAGCGGAGAAUUUAUCAGGUCCUUCUUUCCUUCGUCGGAGGAAGAAACCAAAAACUAA